AUGCCCCCUAUCCCCUCGCAGACCUCGCAGACACCCCGCCUAAUCCUCUACCACCAAACCCACCACACCCCCUCCGGCGCCCACGUCCCGCUCCUACCCCUCCUCGAAACCCCGCUCACGCACCUCAUCCUCGCCGCCAUCCACCUCAACGGCCACCCCACCACGCCGCACUUGACGCUCAACGACCACGCGCCCUCGCACCCACGGAACCAGACUCUCUUCGCCGAGCUCCGCGCCCUGAAGCAAGGGGGAAUCAAGGUCCUCGGUAUGCUCGGUGGGGCAGCGCAGGGGUCAUUCAAGGUGCUUGAUGGGGAGGAGGGGGAGUUCAAGAGGUACUAUAUGCUUUUGUAUGCUUUUAUCCGUUCGGAGCAGCUGGACGGGCUGGACCUGGAUGUGGAAGAGAAAAUGUCGCUGUCUGGGGUGAUUCGGCUCAUUGAUCGCUUACGUUCGGAUUUCGGGGGCGGGUUUAUCAUUACCCUUGCACCUGUGGCGACGGCGCUGGCGACGCGCGAUCCGAGGGCUAAUCUGAGUGGGUUUGAUUAUGCGGAUUUGGAGUCAGAGAGGGGAAGCGAGAUCGCAUGGUAUAAUGCGCAGUUUUACUGUGGGUGGGGGGAUGUGCGGACGCCGACUGGGUAUUUGCGGUUGGUGGUGGGGGAAGGAGGAGGGGGGUGGGAUCCGAGGAAGGUGGUGAUGGGGGUUGUGACGAAUCAGGGGAAUGGGGCGGGGUUUGUGGAGAUGGGGGUUUUUGCGGAGACGCUGAUGGGGGUUACGGAGUGGUUGGGGACGGGGUGGGGGGGGUGA